UAUACCAGGUGGGCGGAGUGGCCUCCUGUGGACAAAUCAGAAUCCUCCUCAGCCUCAACUUCAAGAAGUGAGCCAGUGACUCAGGGUCCCAGACACACAGGCAGCAGCAGCAGCAGCAGCAGCAGCAGCAGCAGCAGCAGCAGGAGGCGUGGGGAAGACCAGAAGCCAGAACCAUGGAAGACCAGCGCGACCUCAUCUCUAACCACGAGCAGCUGCCCAUACUGGGCCAGCGCCCUGCAGCCCCGGAGAGCAAGUGCAGCCGCGGAGCCCUGUACACAGGCUUUUCUGUCCUGAUGGCUCUUCUCCUGGCCGGGCAGGCCACCACUGCCUACUUCCUGUACCAGCAGCAGGGCCGGCUGGACAAGUUGACUAUCACCUCACAGAACCUGCAGCUGGAGAACCUGCGCAUGAAGCUUCCCAAACCUGCCAAGCCUUUGAGCCAGAUGCGGAUGGCCACCCCCAUGCUUAUGCAGGCUCUGCCCAUGCAAGGCCCACAGCUCAUGCAGAAUGCCACCAAGUAUGGCAACAUGACACAGGACCACGUGAUGCACCUGCUCCUGAAGGCUGACCCCCUGAAGGUGUACCCACAGCUGAAGGGGAGCCUCCCAGAGAACCUGAAACACCUUAAGAACACCAUGGACGGCAUGAACUGGAAGCUCUUUGAGAACUGGAUGCAUUAUUGGCUCUUGUUUGAAAUGAGCAAGAACUCACAGGAGGAGCAGCCCUUUGAGGUUCCAACAAAAGCACUGACCAAGUGCCAGGAAGAGGUCAGCCGCAUCCCCGCCAUCCACCCGGGCACGUUCAGGCCCAAGUGCGACGAGAACGGCAACUAUAUGCCGCUCCAGUGCUAUGGGAGCAUCGGCUACUGCUGGUGCGUCUUCCCCAACGGCACCGAGGUCCCCCACACCAGGAGCCGCGGGCACCAUAACUGCAGUGACCCACUGGAAAUGGAGGAUCUGUCCUCUGGGCUGGGCGUGACCAAGCCAGAUCUGGGCCAAGUCAUCCUGUGAGAACAGAAGACGCAGAUGCCAGCACCCAGCCAGCCCUGCAUGGCCACGGCUUCCCUGCUCCCCUGCUCCACAACCCUAGCCCCUCUCUCCUUCCCUUACACACCCCUCCCCACACUGUCUCCCACUCUGCGCCUCAUUCCAGGGGACUCUGGCACCUGGCUCUCCAUCAUCCUUGGACACAACAAAUCAUAUCAGAACAGCCUAGACUGAUGAUGCAGCAGGGCCCUGCUGCCCAAAGCCCCCCACACUAGCAGGGACAGAAGGCCUAGGGAGGUGGAGCAUGAACUAGGCUGACACCCAUUUCUGACAUCACAGUAGCCUCUAACAUGAAGCUCCAGGAUCCAGGCCUGUGGACGAGGUGGUCAGGUGCAGGGAGAAGAGACAACAGUAUCCCAAGCCCCAGAACGGACACUCCUGCCGUCCCCUCCCCCCCGGCCUCGGCUUUCCAGCCUGUUUAAGAGGAGGGUGAGCCACCCUUCCCCUCUCCCCACCCCCACCAGGAAGAACCACCUCCCCACCCACAGCCCCUCCUCACUUUCUGCCAACCCCUAGUUCCUGCUGCGCAGCCAAGCUUGUCAUCAGCCCUCAGGGCCACAGCUGUGAAAAUAAAGAUAGUAAGUAGAA